GAUCCGAGUCGCUUGGAGUUUGAAGCGACUGUUUUGCUCGCAUGGGAAAUAAUACAGAAACUGCGAGGUAAGAGAGAGAAAGAAAGAGAGAAGAGAGAGAAAGAGAGAGAAAGAGAGAGUUGGUUGAGGAUAUAAAAAGCAAUGAAGGAAUAACGGACGGUGCAGAUAAAGAAAGCAAAGGCUUAAGUUCUCAUCUUAAACGUCUUAUUCCUCCUCUCUUCUCCAGCGUCCGAUCUCCUCUUCGGGGAAAAAAAUCCAUCGAUUCUCUUCUCGACGCGCCAAAUACAAAGCCAUUUCUGAUUCUCUCUCUCUCUCAGGGUUUCCGGUACCGUUGAUAUUGUCAUGGCCGAUGCUCCGGCUAGCCCUGGCGGUGGUAGUCAUGGAAGUGGUGACCAGAGCCCCCGUUCGAAUGUUCGAGAGCAGGAUAGGUAUCUUCCGAUCGCGAAUAUCAGCCGGAUCAUGAAGAAAGCUCUUCCUGCGAACGGAAAAAUUGCCAAGGAUGCAAAGGAGACGGUUCAAGAAUGCGUCUCCGAGUUCAUCAGUUUCAUUACCAGCGAGGCAAGCGAUAAGUGUCAGCGAGAGAAGAGAAAGACGAUUAAUGGUGACGAUCUGCUCUGGGCGAUGGCGACUUUAGGGUUUGAAGAUUAUAUUGAUCCCCUUAAGGUGUACCUGAAUAGGUACAGAGAGAUGGAGGGUGAUACAAAGGGAUCUGCUGCUACGAAGAGUAGUGAUAAAAGGGAUGGUGUCGGAGUUCAACCUGGUCCAAAUGCACAGAUUGCUUAUCAGGGAUCCUUCACACAGGGAAGCUAUAUGAAUUCUCAAUCUCAGGGACAGCAUCUUAUGGUUCCCAUGCAAGGCUCAGAAUAAAGAUCGUCUCCUCCAAUAUGACCAACAUAUGCUGAAUUCAAUUGGUAGUAGAUCUUACCUUUCAUCCAUAUGGUACAGAGUGCUAUUCUUCUGAUCCCGAAAGCAUUUGGGGUAGUGAUGUUCAUUUCAACAUUGAGACGGCAGGUUAAUUCUUUUCAGGGCUGUAUAUUUGGGUGCUUCAACUAGUCUGACCCGUGGACGAACACACACAUUUAAAGGAUUUAUUAUAAUUUAUAUGCUGUUAUUCUCGAGCUGUAUAGCAGAAAAACGCUCUGUUAUGAUUCUGGUUUGGUUUGUUUUAAUGCAUUAAGAUGGAGAUUCUUGUGCU